UUGGACUUUGCCUGCGCAUGUCCAGAAAUGUGAGUUCGUAAGCCUGUGACAGAACUGUGACCCAGAAAACCCACACGUGAUACAGGAAACUAUAUAGUGAAGAUCGUCGUUGCGGAUCGUUGGCAGUGCGGUCUGCUUCUCUAACAGUUUACAAAUUGCCAGAAUAAGUGGCGAUUCCCUAUACGACGUUUGAACAGCCUCCUCUAACAACAAGCACAAUGAAGUUGGCAGUGUUUGGGGCCACUGGUCCUACAGGUGUGGAGGUUGUGAAGCAGGCGCUAGCCCUCGGCCAUGACGUCACCGCACUGGUCAGAAACCCAGACAAGAUGAAAGAUCUGGUCCCCGAUAAGGACCUUCAGAUGGAAAAGAUCGACUUCUCCUCUCCCGGGUCCAUAGAACCACAUCUACAGGACAAGGACAUCGUCCUGUCCUGUCUGGGAAGUAGGAGCGCACCUUGGUCAACAGUCACCUUUUACACAGAUUCCAUGAAGGUCAUUGUUGCUGCCAUGAGAAAGAACAACAUCAAGCGGCUGGUCUGUGUGUCGUCCUGGUACCUCACUGAUGACCCGUCAGAUCCACCACCUUUCAUACUGCGCUGGGUUUUCAAGCCUUUAGUGACAGGACGGAUCUUCAAAAAUGUGGCGGAAAUGGAGCAGUACCUUCAGGGGUGCACUGACAUCGACUUCACCGCUGUUAAGGCGCCUCAUCUUUUAUCAGGACCGGUGACUGACAUGGAGUUCCGAACUGAGGAAGGUGAGCAGGUACACGACAGGGAGGGGGUGCGAGGCAUGUGCCGGGCGGAUGUGGCCAGGUUCAUGCUGUCAACAAUGUCGUCAGAGGAAUGGGUGAAGAAAUGCGUGGCUGUCAUUGCCGUUCCCAAGAAGUAGCGGAGACGUCGAAUUUUAAGCCCCUGUCACAAAUAGUCUACUAGUAAGUUUAAGUCAAAGUAAGGAAGUAAGUGCCACGCAUAGCCAACCCAGACAAUGGUUGGGAGUUAGUCUUGAGCAAGGUAACCUGACAGUGUGCUCUUUGUCGGCGAGGUUGCCUACAAGUCUUAAAACGUCGCCUGCGCCAGCCGACUAUGGUUGUUGUCAUCAAACGAAAGCCAUGUUCUCCUCAGACGUUAUCAGAUGACUAAAUUCUAACGCUCAACUUGGUCACAGGGUAAAGCAUUUGCUUGUUUUAAAUUCGGAAGCACCAUGGUAAAUAAGAGGAAUUAUGAAACGUUUUACUUCUUCAUUGAAUACUGAAUUAUUGUGCACAACGAUCAUAUAGAGAAAUCGAACUUAAAAAUGUGAUACUUCUGUAUUGAAUAUUGACAUUUGAUUGCGUUUGCUGUAAGGAAAGGCUUAGUUUCAAAGCCAUUUUUCAAUUUGCCAGUAUAUAUCUGAUGAAAUAACAAUAAAAGGCAUAAACAAGGGCACAUACAUAUUUAGUGUUCUAUAUUCCAUCAUUUAAUAUCUCAUAACCUCCAUUGGGCAGGAUCAACGAUUAGCCAAACUAGCCAUGGGCAAAGAUGGAUUCACCUUGGAAGGUUUGUC